CUGGAAAAAAAAAGGGAGCAGCUCGAGCUCGAACGAGCAGUCGAAGUGAAAGGCUGAAAACAGCGGGGCGGGGAAGAAGGAAACAAGAACCCUAGACAAAGGAGACGGGAAGAACUCACCCGGCGGCGCACGGAGAGAGGGAGGGAGAGAUGGAGUACGCGGCGGCGGGGUCCGGCGGCUACUACUACCACCAGCCGUCGCACCCGCAGCAGCCGCAGACGCUCCGCCGCCGUCCGCGCCCCGCCGCCCGCUGGGUCAAGCAGUGGAUCCCGCAGGAUCUCGCCUCCCCCGGUGCCAAGUGCGCCCUCUUCAAGUGGGUCAGAGAGGAUGUGUACAGAAAUUUGAAGGAGAAUCCGAACGGGCCGGAGCCGGAGACACAGGCUCGCAAGCCUGAGCCGGCAACGGAGAUCCUUUUCCUCUGCAGCUAUGAGAACUGUGGCAAGACCUUUGUCGACGUGGCUGCCUUGCGGAAGCACGCCCACGUACACGGCGAGAGGCAGUACAUUUGUCCGGAGCCAGGCUGUGGGAAGAAAUUUGUUGAUAGCUCCAAGUUGAAGAGGCACAAUCUUACUCACACAGGACAAAAGGAUUUUAUUUGCCCACAUCCAGGCUGUGGUAAGGCCUUCUCAUUGGAUUUUAAUUUACGUGCGCACCUCAAAACACAUGCUUUGGAAAAUUAUCAUGUAUGCCCAUUCCCAGCAUGUGGCAAAAGAUUUACAAGUGACUACAAAUUAAAAUGCCAUGUGAAGGCACACGAAAAGACUGGAUCUCCUGUUGCAGUGCAACAUACGCCACCAGCAGAAAAUCCGCAAAACACCAUAAAGCCUUCCACACAAGCAGCGCCAAAGCCUUCCCCGCCAGUACCAGCAACCUUUUCUGCCGAUCGCCCGUAUGUCUGCCCCUACGAAGGCUGCGGGAAAGCCUACAUCCAUGGUUACAAGCUGAACCUCCAUUUCAAGACCCAGCAUCCCGAGCACAGCCAAGAAGAGAGCGGCAGGCUCCCCGCACCUCCAGGCGAGUAUGCCGCCAAUCAGUACAGCUACGCUGAGGUCGGCGAGCACCACGCGCCGAACCCAAAACGGAGCAAGACGAACCCAGCGCACAAGGCCGUCCCUCCAUCGAAACCCUACAACGUCAAGAUCUCCAGCAGGAUGAGUGCCGAUACCAGCGGCGCCAAGAACCAGUGGCCAGGCAAGGGCAUGUACGACGACGACAGCGAAGAGACCGAAGAAGACCACGGUGGUAACAAGAACAACGUCGAAGAGGGCUGGAGGUACGGGAACCAGAACGCCGAUGACGAGGAAACAGAAGAAGAUGAAAGCUGACCGAGCGCUUGUCUUUUCCCCCCUUUUACUAACAUCCCUGCUGCUGGAGCGUGCGCUGUAGGUAGAUUAUAGGCUUAGUGGUGAUGCUCUACUCUGCUUCCUUUUAGUGAUUCUCUCGGUUUUAUGCUGUAAAACUAGCAAUGGAUCGAAAUGAUGGCCGGUGCUUUUCUUAGUAGCAGUAGAAAUUAGAUGGCGCGGAUAUGAAAAGACGGUUUACUGAUGUGUUUUGGUCAUUUUUGUUUGAGAUAUCGUCCAUUUAAUUAUGUGAUAUGUCUACAUUCCUUUUCCCACUCUCA